GAACGAUCUAAUCUUGCCAGUUCCCCUCGGUAAAAACAUCCGUUCGUCGACGUCCCACGGUUCCUAAAUCCAAACCAAAACGCGCCGUAUCUCUCAUAUUGCAUCCAACAUGUCAUCCACCUCGACCCCAGAAGCCAAGGAAAAAGGCAAAGGAAAGGCCCAAGCGCCAACACCAUCCGCGGACGAUGAACCCGGCAUUGCACUUUUAUACGCCGAUUUCGGUGACGAAGAAGAGGAAGAUGAUGAAGAGUUUGAGCUUCAAGAGGAAGAAGCCAGCGAAGAUGAAGACUUUGACUCGGAUGAGGACGAAGAUGCGGAACCAAAAGGAAACCAUGACGUAAGCAGCAAAGCAGAGACGACAGCGACAGACCCAGAAGAGGAGGUGGGACAACCUGACGAGGAGAUUGAUGAUGAAGUUGCGGAAUUGUUCCAAGAAGCUGAAGAGAUGGGUGAUGGUGGGGAUAUGGUUUCGGGCCUGCGGUCGGGAAAAGUAAAGGGCAAACUUGGAGACGUGCAUGGGAAACCACAGGGAGGCUCAUCGAGCAAUGGGACGCAAAAGCGGACGAGACAGGAUGUGGAUGAGGGCCAGGGCGAAGCGAAAAAAGUGAAAGGGGCAGAAGCGUGAUGCUACUAUCAUUCUAGGCACAUUCUGAACGACUCGUGGCUAGGUAGUGUCAUGCCUUGGGAAUAGAUGUCACUGCCCAGUGCCAUCGAGCCCCACAUUUUAGUAAUUUGUACAUAAGAGCUCCUCUUUUUUGCUAAAUAUCGUUUUGAACGAUUAUGGUCCUAUUGAAAAAUGAUCGAUAUUCUAAAAAGAAAAAUGCCUACACCGU